UCUGCUGCAGGAGCUUUAAUAGUGACAGAGCCGGGAACCUGCACCUACAGCAUCCCCACUAUCACAUCCCAGGGCCCCGUACUCUGACCUGGGGCCCCUCGUCAGCCCCCUGGACUUUACUCUUAAAGGAGCCGCUGACUAGAAAUUAAAUUACAGAGCGCCUGGUGUCCUGGAGGGCUUGCUACCAUUGGAUCAGUGAGAGCCCGGGCUGUGCCCUGCCUGUGCCAGUGGGACCCGCGGAGUCCAGGCUGAGCCGCGCGCUGCGCUCCGCGCCUGCCGACAGACACCCCCACCCCCGGCUCCCCAAUGCUGAACAUGAGCGACCAGGAGCAGGCUCCGGAGGGCCCCUGCAGCCCCGCGGGCACCGCCAGCUCCAUGUCCCACGUGUCAGACUCGGACUCCGACUCCCCCCUCUCCCCGGCCGGUUCUGAGGGGUCCCACAGACCCCCGGGCAUCUCCCCGCUCUCCAAGAGCGACCCUGAGGGCCCCAUGGACGAGCGGUUCCCAGCCUGCAUCCGGGAGGCAGUGUCCCAGGUCCUGAAAGGCUAUGACUGGAGCCUGGUGCCCAUGCCAGUCCGGGGAUCAGGAGCCCUUAAAGCCAAACCCCAUGUCAAGAGACCCAUGAAUGCCUUCAUGGUGUGGGCGCAGGCUGCAAGGAGGAAGCUGGCAGAUCAGUACCCACACCUCCACAACGCAGAGCUCAGCAAGACCCUGGGCAAGCUAUGGCGCUUACUGAGCGAAAACGAGAAACGACCCUUUGUAGAAGAAGCCGAGAGACUGCGAGUACAGCACAAGAAAGACCAUCCUGAUUACAAGUACCAACCACGCAGGAGAAAGAGUGUCAAAGCCGGCCAGAGCGACUCUGACUCUGGGGCAGAGCUCAGCCAUCAGAUGUACAAAACCGAUUCAGGGAUGGGCGCUAUGGGAGAUCUUCACGGGGAGCAUACAGGUCAAACUCAUGGACCUCCAACUCCACCAACUACACCUAAAACCGACCUGCACCAUGGCAGCAAGCAGGAACUGAAGCAUGAAGGAAGAAGAAUGAUGGAUAAUGGACGACAAAACAUUGAUUUCAGCAAUGUGGACAUCAAUGAACUAAGUAGUGAUGUCAUAAACAACAUAGAGGCGUUUGACGUGCAUGAAUUUGACCAGUACUUGCCACUCAAUGGUCAUGGGGCUAUUCCAGCUGACCAUGGUCAGAAUCCCGCAGCAGCACCCUACGCCACGACCUAUACCCAUCCAGCUUCGAACACACAAGCUACUGUAUGGUCCCAUAAGAAUCCUUCUUCUGCUUCCUCUUCCAAUGAGUCUGGACAGCAGAGGCCUCACAUCAAGACCGAGCAGUUAAGUCCGAGCCAUUACAGUGACCAGUCCCACGGGUCACCAACUCAUUCUGACUACAACACCUACACUGCUCAGGCUUGUGCCACUACUGUGCCUAGUGCCUCAGUGACCAGCUCUUUCCCUAGUUCCCAGUGUGACUACCCAGACCUCCCAAGCUCCAACUAUUAUAACCCAUAUUCUGGGUAUCCAUCCAGCCUUUACCAGUAUCCAUAUUUCCAUUCAUCUCGACGCCCAUAUGCCACCCCAAUCCUUAACAGCUUGUCAAUUCCACCAUCUCACAGCCCCAAUUCCAACUGGGACCAGCCAGUGUACACAACACUAACUAGACCUUAAGAGUGUUACUUCCUUGAACUGAGGACAAAAUGCCAUAUUAAUGUCUCUGGUCUUCCAGCAAGACAUGCACUAUAGACUGACCGAGUCGUUAGGAGGCGCAGUGCCAGAUUAUUCCAAGUGCCUGCUGAUAAACUGAGGAAGUGCUCCUAUAUCAGAAGGGGGCCGUGAGCUUCCGUACUCUUCCACAAAAGAAAAACUAAAAACUUUGCUCUUUGCUCUUUUCUUUAUUUUUUUUAUUUUUAUGGACCGUAACGUAGAAGAUGAAGGAUGGGCUUCCGGUUUCCAUAUGAGGACUUUGUGUCUCUGGGAAAACUUGGUGGUGCCAAGUUUACUGCAAUGUACGAUACCGACCAACCAUUAGGAUGUACUUUGACCAAUUAACCCAGCUCUAACCCAUCAUUUAUGGUGUAGGUGAAAAGCAUCGGGGACCGUGCUGGGAAAAUACAGUGGUCCUUUUAGGACAGUCAACUACUUAUUUCCUUUGGUAGCAUGGUGUGUUUGAAGGCAUUAUUCAAUGUUUAUCAUUAUACUGCCGAAUGUGUGAGUGCCACGUCUGCUAGACUUGUAUCAUCACGAACGCUCUUACUGUCAGACUGGGCUUCCGGUGCAUUGUCUGUCAGUCCAACUGUAACGGGACUUUAGAAAGAGGGCACCAAACAUCCUGGCUCUUUUUUUUUUUUUUUUUUUUCUGUCUCAGGCCUUAGUGAUUUACAAAGUGACCAGUUCAGUGGAAAAAUUUUUGUAAGCAAUUUUUUUGGCUGUAAUUAACAUUUUUUUCUGUUUUUUUUUGUUUGCAAACAUUCUUAUAGUUCUGAGAUCUGUUAAAUAUAUAUAAAAUAUUUAUGUGCUUAUUAUAAGUAAUUAAUUACUUUUAUUUGUGAAGAAAAACUUGGAAUAGCACAAGAACAGUCAUGUUUAAUUUGUAAUUAACAGAGGU